AUGAAUGUCAGUCUUUGGAGGUCUCUCGUAUUGAUCGUGUUUCUGAUUCCGGUCUUAUCUACUAAAGCUAUUGGUCAAAGUGAUCGCUUCAAGAAGGGCAUCUUCUGUGAGGCAUGCGAUUUGUUGAAUAUGAGAUAUUGUUACGAACAACGGUGUGACAGGUCCCACUUUUGCUACAAGACAGAAACUGCUAGCGGCUGCAGUAACCCCUAUAUGCACAAAAUACAAGAAUGCAGGAAUAUGCACAGAGGAGACUGCUGUUUUGCCAGACAGGAUCUCCAUGGAAAGAGAUUUAAUACUACGCAAUGUGCCCACCAUAUACCUAAAGUCAUGUGCCACUCAUGCACCAGGAUGGGAGGCUGUAAACCAAUAAGCUGUGGAACUGGAAACCUCUGUUACGCUAACAGGUUUGAAAGUGGCUGCGCUAAUACAUCCUCCUAUGAGGAGUGCAACUUUAAAAACGAUAAAUGCUGUGAAGGGAGAACUGCUUUAAGAGCUUGGAAUGCCACACAGUGUCAAGCAGAACCAGCACCAGUCUGUGAAACAUGUCCACCCCAGAGAACAACAGGAAGGUUAAAGGACUGCUCCUCUGCGUCCUGCCCGGGGCUGUGUUUUAUCAAGCAGUUCAAUUUCACCAGAGUGGAGACGUCGAAACCUAAUUAUACUACAGAGUACACAGAAACAGGCUGCAGUCCCUCCCACCUUAACGUACAAUCCUGCAACAGCACCCACCAGCAGUGCUGCACUUCACACAACAGCACAGACUGUUACCAUAAUUACCAUCCUAACACUGCCUCAGCCGAAGUGCGAUUCUUCAUUGCCUUCUUUCUUAUACUGGCUAUCAUGGGGUUCGUGCUGUGCUUGUGCUUCUCGGACAGCGACGACAGAUAAUAUACGACACACGACAGAUAAUGUACUUACUUUGGGCGAUCAUCGAUCGAAAUCCCGUUCACUAUCUUCCUCAAAACUUCUCGAUCUCACAUAGCAGAACAGAUGAUUUGAUACCUGACAAGGAAAUGUGUUGUUAUUCAUGUCAUCUAUAAACAUCAGAAGAUAAAGGACAUACGGGUUCAUUGUAUGCGUUCUUUCCGGAAUGUUCCAACUGAGACAGAGAGACUAAGACUAGAAUCGUGCCCCAACUGUGCUUACCCAAAACAUACCCUAACUCAGCCUCAACCACCGCUCAAUAUUAGUGAAGUUUCGAGUGAAAUGUUUUGGGUAUCAUAUUUUGAUUCAUCAUUGAUAUGCACAGAAUGGACAUGAAGAUAAUGGACGUAUGGGUUCAUUUUAUGCGUUCUUUCUUUGGUGGGUACAACAUUAGUGAAGUUUCGAGCGAAAUAUUUUCGAAUAUUAUAUUUUCAGCAUGGAUCAAAUUUGAAACGACCUUCAGCUAGCAGGAUUAAAUCUACUUUUGUCGUUUUAAGGAAGCAGCUCUUUUCAGCGUAUAACCAUUUAAACGAAGCCGUGAGCGUAUUCCUGGCGAAUCAGACAUUAUUAUUGAGUUAUUGGUGUUUCCAGACGUGUCUCUUUUCGAGCUUCUCGCAUUGGUUAUUAUUACUAAUUAUUGGUGCUAAAAUUGUAGUAAGAGCUAUACUGUAGUGUAGCGAUUUAUAAUUGGCGUUAUUAAGACAUUUUCGAUAAGUUCAGCCAAUCAAUAUUCAAUAUUCGCAUGGACACGUUCAUUGAAGUUUGAGGAUAUUGGUAAAUAUUAGUGGCUCUCUUAAAUGGCACGAUGAGAUAAAAUUUGUCACACUAUGAAACUAUAUAAACCCUCAAUGGUUAGGAUAAUCGUCUCAUCUUCAAGGUAAACUUUGUCACAUAACGAUAUCUUUAUCAAAUGGUAAGAUAUAAUCGCUUAAAUU